CUAGCGCUAGCUAGGCAGCUAGCUAGCUGUCUGUGGUGUGGCAUUCACCAUCAUCUGAUAAUACAGACUGUGUGUUCUUAAUUUUCAUCUCUGUUAUAUUUGUUUACUUUUGUUGAUCAUCUUCGAUACUUCUCGUUUUUCGUGACAAACGUUGUCAUGGGAAGCUGACUUUUGCAAGACAGCUAGCUAGAUUGCUAAAUGUAGCUAGCUAGCUACAUAAUUGACUGGACUGCCUCCGGGACACAUCGAGUUGUUUACGUAUAGCUAGCUAGCUAACAUACCUAACCUAUCUAGCUCUUUAACAAGGUAACUUUCGCAAGGUUAGAUUCCGAAAUAUAAUGUAAUGAAAAUGUAAUGGAUAUUGUCGUUAUUUUCUAUGAAUUGGCGCGUUCAAUUAGUUAUCAGAUUCUUCAAAUUUCGACACAUGUGGUCGGUCCGAUCAAGCUAACAACAUAAAUUGGUGAGCCAAGCCAAGAUGGAGAAACCGCCUUUCAAACAGACUCAAGUUUGUGGAUCUUGGGUGAUGAAGGAAAGACUAGGAACAGGAGGCUUUGGUCAUGUCUACCUAUAUCAACAUCAGGAAACCUCUGAGAAAAUUGCAGUGAAACUCUGUCGGCUAGAGCUCAAUGCAAAGAAUAAAGACAGAUGGAGUCGAGAAAUUCAGAUCAUGAAAAAACUUAACCACAUCAAUGUGGUGACAGCAAGAGAUGUGCCUGAAGAGAUGAAGCACAUUGCUUUGAAUGACUUACCACUUUUAGCUAUGGAAUACUGUUCUAGGGGAGACCUUCGUAAGUUGUUAAGCAAACCUGAAAAUUGCUGUGGGUUAAAAGAAAGCGAUGUGCUGUCCUUACUCAAUGAUGUUGGUUCAGGAAUUCAGUAUCUCCAUGCAAACAAAAUCAUUCACAGAGACUUAAAACCAGAGAAUAUUGUACUUCAAGACAUCAAUGGAAAGCUGGUCCACAAGAUUAUAGACCUGGGUUAUGCCAAAGAUUUGGAUCAAGGGAGUCUUUGCACAUCAUUUGUGGGCACUCUGCAGUAUCUGGCCCCAGAGCUGUUUGAGAGCAAGCCAUACACAGUCACUGUGGACUAUUGGAGUUUUGGCACAAUGAUCUUUGAGUGUAGCUGUGGUUUUCGUCCAUUUCUACACAACCUGCAGCCUGUACAGUGGACGAGCAAAGUGCGUAACAAGGGCCCAAAAGACAUCAUGGCUGUUGAGGAUAUGAAUGGAGAAGUUCGAUUUUCAACCCACCUUCCUUACCCCAAUAAUCUUAGCAGAACUUUGCUGGAGCCCUUGGAGACUUUGCUACAGUUGAUGCUGAAGUGGGACCCAGUUCAGAGGGGAGGGGGAGUGAACCCUGACACUAAACAGCCACAGUGCUUUGGACUUCUUGAUCAGAUACUCAGAAUGAAGGUUGUGCACAUCCUGAACAUGACCACGACUCAGGUUCACUCUUUCCUGUUGAGCCCUGAGGAGGGCCUCCUCUCCCUUCAGCAGAGGAUUGAGGCUGAGACAAAAAUUGAGCACCUGAAUCAAGAGCUUCUCCAGGAGACAGGUGUGAUGUUGGACCCGAGGAAGCCUGCAGCACAGUGUGUCCUGGAUGGAGUUAGAGGAUGGGACAGCUACAUAGUGUAUCUGUUUGAUAAGAGCCUGACCAAGUACUCUGGACCCUUUACUGCCAGGCCACUUCCAGAGAGUGUCAAUUUCAUUGUACGUGAGACGAAGACUCAGCUCCCCCUGAGUGCCCUGAAGAAGGUUUGGGGUGAGGCGGUGAGCUAUGUCUGUGGUCUUCGAGAGGACUACAGCCGCCUUUUCCAAGGCCAAAGAGCUGCCAUGUUGAGCCUUCUUCGAUACAACACCAACCUCACUAGAUACAAGAAUCUGAUGUUUUCAUGUUCUCAGCAAUUGAAAGCCAAGCUCGAUUUCUUUAAAAGUAGCAUUCAGUAUGAUCUGGAGAAGUACAGUGAUCAGAUGCAGUAUGGCAUAUGUAAGUUCUCCUCUGAAAAGAUGCUAAAAGCUUGGCAGGACAAUGAAGAGAAAGCUGCUGCAUUUGGACAGGUUGCAGAAAUUGGUCAUCUAGAUGAGGAGAUUAUGGCCUUGCACUCAGAGAUUGUUGAGCUUCAACGGAGUCCUUAUGCCAGGCGCCAAGGAGACGUCAUGGAGCAGCUUGAGGAGAAAGCUGUUGAGCUCUACAAACAACUGAAGGCAAAAUGCAAAAUGAAUGACCCUCAGCAUGGCUACAGUGACAGCUCUGAGAUGGUGAAGGUCAUUGUUCAGACUGUACAGAAUCAGGACAAAGUACUGAAGGAUCUCUAUGCACAUCUCAGUAAAAUUCUGCUGAGCAAACAGAAGAUAAUUGACUUGUUUCCCAAGAUAGAGAAAACCCUAGACAACAUUAAAGAGGCAGACAACACUGUCAUGCAGAUGCAGAUGAAGCGUCAGAGGGAGUUCUGGCACUUACUGAAGAUUGCCUGUGCACAGAACACCACACGCAGCCACAGCACAGAGAUGUCCUCUUCCCUGUCAGCUUGGUCCCAUCCUCAGCCCUCUUGCUCACCACGCCUGCCAAUGUCCCUGCAGGUCCAGCAGGAUGGUGAAACAGUCAGCCAUCUACUGGAAGAGAACCAGAAGUACUUAAGCCAGCUCACGAGUCUUCUGCAGGAGACAACGGAGGAAAAACCAGAGGAUCAAGACUGGAGCUGGACUAGAUAUGAAUCCCUGAUUGCAAAAUCACAACGUUUAUAGAUUAUGAUAAUGACCUGUAAUAAAUGGUUACUCUCUGCAGUACUAUUCAUAAGCUUCACAUGAUUGGGUUACUGUUGGCAUAUAUGGUUUUUCACUCUUGUAACCUGUUGAAAAUACCUGUUUUGCGGUGUUGUGUAUCAUAAUUCCAUUUAUGUCAUGAUGAUGUAUUUUUAAUGUUUGAAAUACCACCCAUUGCAAGCAAAGCCUAUACAUACUGUUUAAAUUCACAGGUAUUUAUUUAUUGUUGUAGGCCAACUUAAUCUAUUCUGUAUGGGCUGAUUGUAUUUGAGGUUUUAGCUGUCUUAUUUGGAUUUGAUUUACAUAGAUCAUCAGAUGCACUUUAGAGGCUCACUGUGAAUGUUUGGAGUGGGUUUAAUACCCAGAGAUUUUACUCUGUUGAAAGUUACUUGGCUUGUAAAAUUCAGAGUCAGGGUGGUAUCCUGUUAUUAUAAACCAUAUAAACCUUCAAGAAAGGCUCCCUUGCUAAUAGACUAAUAAAUCAAGAAAAAAGUUAAGCAACUCAUAUUAGAAACACAACACACACAGGUUUAAUUUUACAAUAUGGCAUAUACAUGAUUCUGAUUAGAAAGAAAUCUUUCUUCUGUUUUUCAAUUAAUCAGAACCUGCACUUGUCCAUAAAAAUAAUCCUGUGGCUGAUGAUUUGUCAUGGUUGUGUUGGUUGUAGAGGAGUGGGAAACCAAAGGUGCUAAUUUUUUUUUUCUUUUUCUUAAAUGAAGUGUCAUAGAGUCAUCAGUGCAAUGCCAGGCCUGAAGGAGGGCCUGAUCAUUAUGAAUUUGGGGAAAUAAGCAUGAUAAAGAUUUGUUGUUAUGUGGAAAAUCACAUUGUCAUUCGUCAUUGGUUUUCUGUUUGCCCAAAGAUAAUCAGCUCUACACAGAAGGUUGGUAGUCAGUACAAAGGACACACAAAUUUGUUAUAUUAUUUUCAUCUAAUGUUUUAAACAAAAAUAAAGGUAUUUAGUGUUCUCCA